GUAUGUCAGCAUCAAUAUACCUCACGCUUGCACUUUCUUCACUUUUCCCCCUGUAUAUUACUAGCCACAAACCAAGCCCUAGAUGCUAUAUCACCAAACUAACCAUCGUCUUCCUCCUCAAAUCAUCAUCUUCCAAACAUACAAUUCGGCAGAGGUAAUUAAAUUCAUGGCAAGGGUCUACUCCUCUUUUCCUCCGCCACCGCCGUCGCCGCCGCCGCCGUCGACGACGAGCGAGCAGAGGAAGGUGUUCACGCUGUGGAUGAAGUCGCUGGUGCUCAACGGCCGCGGCUGCACCGUCUACGACUCCACCGGCGGCAUCGUCUACCGCGUCGACAACUACGGCUCCAGCUGCAGCGACAAUGUCUACCUCAUGGACCUCCGCGGCAAGAUCGUCCUGAACAUACUCAAGAAGAAGCUUGCAUUCGGCAAGUGGGAAGGGUACAAAUGGAGCAGCGGCGAGAGGCAACGAGACGCUGCCGCCGGUGCAGGAGCAGGAGGGGCGUGGUUCACGGUGACGCGGCCGUGCAGCAGCAUCCUGUUCCAGCGGAGGCGCCGGCCGUCGUCGACGUGCGAGUUCCGGAGCGGCGGCGGCGGCGGCGACGACGGCGGGCGCGCCAUGCGGUACAAGAUGGACGACUGCAGCGGCGGCGGCGGCGGCGGAGGUAAGCAGCAGGCGUGGUGCAGGAUCGUCGACGGCGCCACCGGCGCCGUGGUGGCGGAGGUGAAGGGGAAGACGACGGCGGGCGGCGUGGCGCUGGGAGACGACGUGCUGACGCUGACGGUGGAGCCCAACGUCGACCACGCGCUCAUCAUGGGGAUGGUGCUCGUCUACGGCCUCAUGAACCACACCAUGUGAAAUUGUGAAUGCGAUGUGAUCGAUCGAGCUUGAUGAAUUGCUGCGGUGAAGAUCGAAGCAAAUGAAAAUUGAAGCAUAGAGAGACGCGCGUGAUAGGAUUUCUUCCUCUUUUGUUCUGGUGUACAUGUAUGUGUACUUCGGUUGAGGAAAUUUUGGUGAAAUUAAUAAUACAGGUUUAGUUUUGGGAUUUUUGA